AUGGCAGCCCAGAAUGGAAACACUAGCUUUGCACCCAACUUUAAUCCACCCCAAGACCAUACCACUUCCCUUCCCUUCAACUUCAGUUACGGUGAUUACGACCUCCCUCUGGAUGAGGACGAGGACAUGACCAAGACCCGGACCUUCUUUGCAGCCAAGAUUGUCAUCGGUGUGGCAUUGGCAGGCAUCAUGCUGGUCUGCGGCAUCGGCAACUUUGUCUUCAUUGCUGCCCUCGCCCGCUACAAGAAGCUGCGCAACCUCACCAACCUGCUCAUUGCUAACCUGGCCAUCUCUGACUUCCUGGUGGCCAUCGUCUGCUGCCCCUUUGAGAUGGACUACUAUGUGGUGCGCCAGCUCUCCUGGGAGCAUGGUCACAUGCUCUGUGCCUCUGUCAACUACCUGCGCACCGUCUCCCUCUACGUCUCCACCAAUGCCCUGCUGGCCAUCGCUAUCGACAGGUACCUGGCCAUCGUUCACCCCCUGAAGCCCCGGAUGAACUACCACACGGCCUCCCUCCUGAUCGCCCUGGUGUGGGCGGUGUCCAUCCUCAUCGCCGUCCCCUCGGCCUACUUCGCCACAGAAACCGUCCUCUUCAUCGUCAGAAACCAGGAGAAGAUCUUCUGCGGCCAGAUCUGGCCUGUGGACCAGCAGCCCUACUACAGGUCCUACUUCCUCUUCCUCUUCGGCCUGGAGUUCGUGGGCCCCGUGGUGGCCAUGGCCGUGUGCUACGCCCGGAUCUCGCGCGAGCUGUGGUUCAAGGCGGUGCCCGGGGUGCAGACGGAGCAGGCGCGCAGGCGGCUGCGCGGCCGCCGCAGGACGGUGCUGCUGCUCGUGGCCGUGCUGGCCGCCUACGUGCUGUGCUGGGCGCCCUUCUACGGCUUCGCCCUCGUGCGCGACUUCUUCCCCGCCGUGUUCGUCAAGGAGAAGCACUACCUGACCGCCUUCUACGUGGUCCAGUGCCUCGCCAUGAGCAACAGCAUGAUCAACACCGUGUGCUUCGUCACCGUCAAGAACAACACCGUGCAGUAUUUCAAGAAGAUGAUGCGGCUCCACUGGCGUCCCCCGCACCCGGGGAGCAAGUCCAGUGCCGACCUCGACCUCCAGACCGGUGCGGUGCCCGCCACGGAAGAGGUGGACUGUAUCAGGCUGAAGUGA